CUGGAAGCUGUCGACCUCUCCGCUCCCUCUACACGAAAAUUAACGGCCUCGAAGCGUAGUUCCUAUGUUCUUGUUAUAUCGGGCGCAUUUUAGCGGUCGCCUUGAUCCUUUCGGUCUUCUUCCUCGCCACCGUCAUGGUCUCUUUUUCUAUCCUAGUAGCCAUCUUCCUCAUCAAGUUUCUCCAGUCGGUUGGCGGUCCACAGAUCGAGGUUCCUGAGAUUGCCCGAGAUAGGCAAGCGAGGGAGUUUACAUACCGCGCAGCAAGGCAGGCGCCUAAGCGGACUAUUUCGGGAUGUAGCGCGCCUCGAGCCUGCUCAGUUCUCGGGUGAUGGCGGAGUUGAAGACCAUUCUUCGGAGCGCCGAUGUGUCAAAGGGCAGCCGUAGAGCUGCCGGUGGCGCGACAGGAGCCGCACUGCAGAACCGAGACGGUCAAACAGCCUUCUCAACGUUCUUGCGCCGUCGGGGCUCAGAAGAAGCUCCAAUCAGCACGCCAUCGUCUUCGGGGCUGAAUCUCCGCAACGUGCAUCAAGACCGUGUGGCAUUUUCCCCAGACCACGAGUUUUCCAUCGCAGCUGUAAUGCGGAUCGAGGGAGGCAUUGUCGAGAUGCCCACCGUGAUGCUGAGCGGGAAAGACAAUUGCGGACCGACUAAACAAGUCACUUACACCUCGAGUUCUCCCUCUCGGGCCUCGGAGCAUAAUAAACUUGACGAGUACCUGCUUUCACCGUCACGAUAGUAGGGCUGCGCUUGUCGAGCGGACAUACGGUGCAAUAAGUAUGGACAUCUCUCAACCCCGAAUCACUAUGAUUUCU